GUGGUCGUUUUCGGUCCUAGACGGAGGACUUGGACCUUUGUAGGGUUCUUGUCCUUGUUUCCGUCUCCCAACUUACGAAUCCUCAGAUUGGGUGACGGCACGUUGGUCCCAUAUUUGCGAUACAGCUGAGACGGCGAGGUGGAGAUGGGCCCUGGAAGGGGCUUCCGCGGGGCGGUCUCGCGGGGACAGGACCAGUAGCCAUCUUGAGUAGGAACGUGAGGUCCAGGGGUCCCGGUCCCACCUGGCCGCGCGCAGUGUUCUUAUUGAGCCCUUGGAGUGUGGCUCCUGUGAUCAGGAAGCAAUUCUUAGUCUUACUUAACGUUAAUUAAUUUAAAUUUAAAAACCAGAGCAGUGCAGAUCUUAAAAUACUGCAUUGAAACGAUAGUAUUUUUGGUAUGCUGGAGUAAAUAAAGUGAGUUACUGAAAUUUCACCUGUUUCUUCCUGCUUUGUAAAUGUGGCCACUUGGAAAUUUUAAAUUACGUAUGUUGCCGGUGUUCUGUUUCUAUUGGACGGCCCUGCUCUGGGUUGUGGGAUGGUUUACCCAGUCCCAGCUCUUUACUCCUUGACACUCGUGAGUGUGGGGCACAGAUCCAAUAUUUAUUGCUGGCCUAGUUGUAUCAGGAACUUCAUAAGUAUUCUUUUUAACAUUUAAUUUUUAAAAGGUAAACUUAUCUUAGAAUCGUCUUGUAUUUACAGAAAAAUUGCAAAAGAUGAUAGAGUUCUUGUAUACUCCACACCUAAUUCUCUCUGUUGUUAACACCUCACAUUAAUAUGGGACACUUGUCACAAUCAGUGAACCAGUAUAGAUAUGAUAUGAUUAACUGACGUCCGUACUGUAUUGAGAUUUCCUCAGUUUUUACAUGUUGUCCGUUGUGUCUUCCCGGAUCCCACAGGACAGUCAGGCUUUGACAGUUUCUCAGACUUGACUUGUUUUGAUGACCUUGACAGUUCUGAGGAGGGCUGAUCAGGGAUUUUGUAGAAUGUUCCUCAAUUGGGAUUUGUCUGUUUUUCCCACGAUUAGACUGGGGCCAUAUUCUCUUUUUCAAACAUCAAUACAAUCUUGUGAAUUUCUUGGGCCUUUUUAAGGAAACAGAGUCACUCUGAGGUUAAAGGACUGACUUGAGGUAGAGCCGGACUCCAGCCUUGUUUGAGGCCAACAUGCUGUAUUUCUGGGGGGGGCGGUGAGGGGGGUGGUGUCCAUGCUAGAAAGUUCCUGGGCCUCAUCCAGUGAAAUCUCCAGCCUCUUUCUGAGGAGCCAGGCUUCCUGCAUCUGUGCCUGUAGGUUCCAGAUGUCUUCUCUGGCUCAGCCCCAGCUCCCACGUGACUGCCAGUGUGGCGUCUCGGCCUGGCCAUGUUACAGGCACCCCAGGAGAGAACCUCUGUCCCUGGUCAACCUGCGGAAGAGGAACCUGGAGCCCGGAGAAGAAGAGCUGGCGUCCAGGCUGGACCACUACAAGGCCAAGGCCACACGGCACAUCUUCCUCAUCAGGCAUUCGCAGUACCACGUGGACGCCUCCCUGGAGAAGGACCGCACGCUGACGCCCCUGGGUCGUGAGCAGGCUGAACUAACCGGUCUCCGACUUGCAAGCUUGGGGUUGAAGUUUAAUAAAAUCGUCCAUUCCUCCAUGACCCGUGCAAUAGAAACCACUGACAUCAUCAGCAAACACCUGCCAGGCGUCUGCAAGGUCAGCACAGACCUGCUGAGGGAAGGCGCCCCCAUCGAGCCUGACCCCCCCGUGUCUCACUGGAAGCCGGAGGCUGUGCAGUAUUACGAGGACGGGGCGCGGAUCGAGGCCGCCUUCCGGAACUACAUCCACCGGGCGGACGCCAAGCAGCAGGAGGACAGCUACGAGAUCUUUAUCUGCCAUGCCAACGUCAUCCGCUACAUCGUGUGCAGGGCGCUGCAGUUCCCUCCAGAAGGCUGGCUCCGCCUUUCCCUCAACAACGGCAGCAUUACCCACCUGGUAGUCCGGCCAGAUGGCCGAGUGGCUCUCAGGACCCUCGGGGACACGGGGUUCAUGCCUCCUGACAAGAUCUCCCGCUCCUGAGGGCCGCCUCGAGGCCCCGCUCUCCUCCUCAGCCCCCUGCCGGCCUGGUGUGGGUGCCACCGAGACCGCGGGCUCCUCCCCUGCUCCCCCACUGGGGCCGGCCCCUCAGGGCUCCAGGGCUCCAGGGCACGGCAGCCAGAGAGAAGGCUCCACGAUGCUCGGCGCUGCAGCGCUGAGCUGCUGGCCCAGGAUGGAGAAGGGAAGCACUCAGGUCAGAUCAGCUUCGUCUCGCAGUGUCUCUGCCUCACUCUCGUCCACCAGGAUGAGCCUGUGGGGUCUUAGCAGGCCUGUUUCAGGGACUGGACGAGGCCCCCAGAUGCCGUCCCCGCAGGGACCGCGGCAGACACCGCAGCGAGCCGUCCGUCAGCAGAGCCCGUCAGGCAGGAGGCGGAGGGCGCCAGUGCUUCUUCCAUUCGGAACUUAACUUCGCUGCUUACACUCUUUUCAUUUCCUAGAACUCUUUGUCACUUAAGUUUUUAUCGAUUGAAGAUUUUCCUCAUCUGGUUCUUGCUUUGAAAACCCAUUUCUCACUCCCGAGUCACACAGCCCUGACGCUGUUGGAUCUGAACUCACGUGUGUUGCUAGGCCUUUCCGGACACAGAGGAGGGGCACCUUGGCAGGUGAGGGAGGUGACUCGACCUGCUGGUCUCGUGGGAGUGGCCGGGCAGUGACGGGCCCGGGAGGGGCCCUGUUUCAAUAAAGUGUCUGGCUGACAGUUCA